CUUUCAUUCUUCGGCACUUCAUUUCACAAAAUAUACAUCAACAGCUGCAGUAAGCUUUCUUUAGAUUUUUCAUACGAUAGAAAUGGCUUCGGCGGUUACAGAUUACUGCAGAACGCUCGGAGCGGAUGGGCGGCAGCUUCGUUUAGCAGGCCAUGUCGGCUUUGACAGUUUACCAGACCAGCUCGUCAAUAAAUCAGUGAAUAGAGGAUUUGCCUUCAAUAUUCUAUGCAUAGGGGAAACGGGAAUCGGAAAAUCAACGCUGAUGGAUUGUCUUUUCAAAACGACGUUUGAAGGUCUCCCGCAUUCUCAUCAGCUGCCAGGUGUUAAAGUAGAGCAUCACACAUAUGAUUUAAAUGAGAGUAAUGUGAAACUAAAGUUGACAAUUGUGGAUACUGUUGGUUAUGGAGACCAGAUCAACAAGGACGACAGUGCUAGUCCCAUUGUGGAGUACAUUGAUUCACAGUUUGACAAAUAUCUUCAGCAAGAACUCAAGAUAAGAAGAACGCUGAACUCUUAUAAUGACACUCGUGUACAUGUCUGCCUCUACUUCAUUUCUCCAACAGGCCACUCGUUAAAAUCACUGGAUCUUCUUUGUAUGAAGAAAUUGGACAAAAAGGUGAAUAUUGUUCCCAUCAUUGCCAAAGCUGACACCGUAGCAAAAAGUGAACUGAACCAGUUCAAAGAAAAGAUCAUGGAAGAACUUGCAAGUAAUGGAGUAGAAAUUUACCGAUUUCCCGUUGACGAUGAAACUGUUGCCGAAAUGAAUGCUAGCAUGAAUGAACAAAUUCCAUUUGCGGUGGUUGGCAGCCGUGAAGAAGCGAUCGUUAACAAAGUGAAGACAAGAGCUCGACAAUAUCCCUGGGGAACUGUAGAAGUUGAAAAUGAAAAUCACUGUGACUUUGUGAAGCUGAGGGAAAUGUUAGUGCGUACUAACAUGCAGGACUUGAUUGACAAGACUCACGCCGUGCACUACGAGCUAUACAGAAGGACCAAGCUGGAGGACAUGGGAUUCAGUGAUGGUGGCGGAGACAAACAGCCUCACAGUCUACAGGAGACGUACGAACUCAGACGACAAGAAUACAUGAAGAACAUUCAGGGCAGAGAGGAGCAGAUGAGGCAGAGCUUUGUCAACAAGGUCAAGGAGAAGGAAGCGGAAUUGAAACAAGCCGAACAGGAACUCCAUGCAAAGUUUGAACAUUUGAAGAAGACACAAGUAGACGAGAAAAAGAAGCUGGAGGAAAAACGAAGGAUGCUGGACGAAGAAAUCAACUUAUUUAACAAGAAAAGAGCCGCUGCCCUGGCCGCACAGGCUCAAGCUCAGCAAGCCACCGCCCAAGUCGCCAAGGAAUCAAUGAAGGGAAAGAAGAAAUAAAGACACGUAGAAUAUUAACAAAUUAUUAACUUAAUUCUAGUAAUACAGUCUAACCUCGUUAACUGGGGCAAAAAAUGGGGAAUGUCAGUUGCUGUAUAAUAGAGGUAGAGUUCAUGUUAAUUUUUCCCUCUCUCAUAAGAGUGAGCCUCCACUGAAUGUGGUAUCCAAAAGAAGUAUGACUUUGUACUAACUCGUUCGCUAAAAGAAAUCAGAACACGGAGCGAUUUCAACAUAAAAAAUCUGUUUUUACAGCGUUCAGGGUCUUUUUAUAACGGGAGCUUUUUUCCCCGCUACCUAGACUCGUUCCCAGGGUCUUGAGCAAGAGAGGGACAGAAAGGAAGAAAGAUCCUGGGUACUAUUUUUUUUCCUCGACCUCCUAGUUACCAGGUCCUUUUUUUAUCUUUUCCUUCAGCGGGGCGCCAAGGGUGAAUCUUGAUCGUUUACAGUUAUUAUAACAAUGAACACCACAAUCAAACUUUCCUUUUAUCUUUACUUCGUUUUACAGUGCUAUCUUAAUUUAUAACAUUUCAUAGCUUGCCGACUGUUUAUAUACUAGCUAUUUAAAGAGGUGCUCAUGGUGCCAGCUGUGUUUUACCCAGCAGGCAACUUUAUUACAAUAACAUUCAAAUAUUAUAUUCCUGAACUUGAUCAAUAAACACUACAGCCGUUUCAAUUCCACAAGCUUAAAUUAAUCCUACCAAUUUUCAACACCAAUUUGUUAUCCUAAGGAAAAUUAUGUUGCACUUUGUAAUUUGAGUACAUCUACAAUUUACUACCGUCGUAAAAAAUGUCCCGAAAAAUUACACCCACCUAAAUUUAAGCCUCAAUCGUAAUCAGCCUCUUAUUUGUCAUUAUAAGAUCAACACGUAAUCUAGCUUAUAGGUCGGGACACUGAAAGAAUUGACCACCUUAUUGUAAUCUCCCAAAUAGUAAUGUAAGAAGAAUUUUUUGUUGAUACUAAGUGAUUUUACCAAACCCGUACAACAAAAGUUAAUUUUCACUAGCAAUUUGAGAUCACCCAAAAAUUGGUGGAGAACAACCCUAUCGGAAUGGAAUCAGUUCUAUUGAUUUUGUACAAUCUCUCGGCUAGAAAAUGUAACCAUUACUAGUUGUUUUAUCGUAAUGCAAAAGUCCAUUGAAUUAAUAAAUACAAACACGGUCCUUA